CCUGACUCUCUGAGCAGCCUCCAGUCCUGGUCGGUUGGCAGAGGCCUUGGCAGGAGGAAGAGGAGGAGGCCCGUUGGCGUCAGACCAAUGCUGCAAGGGGUGUGAGGACAGGAGCCGUCUUCCGCCACUGAGCUGCCAGACCCGCAAAGCAGGAUGGAGCUGCAGUGAGGUGGAGGGGCCGCCAGCUGCUGACCGGCGUGUGGGACACUGGGGGUUCGUGGAUCACUGAGGCUGGACAACGUUCAUGGCUCUCGGGUAGAACCCAGCGAAACGGCCAGAAUGAAUUCUAUGGACAGGCACAUCCAGCAGACCAAUGACCGACUGCAGUGCAUCAAGCAGCACUUACAGAAUCCUGCCAACUUCCACAAUGCCGCCACGGAGCUGCUGGACUGGUGCGGAGACCCGAGAGCCUUCCAGCGGCCCUUCGAGCAGAGCCUGAUGGGCUGUUUGACGGUGGUCAGUCGGGUGGCAGCCCAGCAGGGGUUCGACCUGGACCUCGGCUACAGACUGCUGGCUGUGUGUGCUGCAAACCGAGACAAGUUCACUCCAAAGUCUGCCGCCCUGCUGUCCUCCUGGUGCGAGGAGCUUGGCCGCCUGCUGCUGCUUCGACAUCAGAAGAGCCGCCAGAGCGACCCCCCCGGGAAACUCCCCAUGCAGCCGCCCCUCAACUCCAUGAGCUCCAUGAAACCCCCUCUGUCGCACAGUGAUGGGUCGUUCCCCUAUGACUCUGUCCCUUGGCAGCAGAACACCAACCAGCCUCCCGGCUCCCUCUCCGUGGUCACCACGGUUUGGGGAGUGACCAACACAUCCCAGAGCCAGGUUCUCGGGAACCCUAUGGCCAAUGCCAACAACCCCAUGAAUCCAGGCGGCAACCCCAUGGCGUCGGGCAUGACCACCAGCAACCCCGGCCUCAACUCCCCGCAGUUCGCCGGGCAGCAGCAGCAGUUCUCGGCCAAGGCCGGCCCCGCCCAGCCCUACAUCCAGCAGAGCAUGUACGGCCGGCCCAACUACCCCGGCAGCGGGGGCUUCGGGGCCAGUUACCCUGGGGGUCCUAAUGCCCCUGCGGGCAUGGGUAUCCCUCCGCACACCCGGCCGCCUGCUGACUUCACUCAGCCAGCGGCCGCCGCCGCAGCAGCAGCAGUGGCAGCAGCAGCAGCCACGGCCACAGCCACCGCCACGGCCACCGUGGCAGCCUUGCAGGAGACGCAGAACAAGGAUAUAAACCAGUAUGGACCGAUGGGUCCCACCCAGGCGUAUAACAGCCAAUUCAUGAACCAGCCCGGGCCGCGGGGGCCUGCCUCCAUGGCGGGCAGCAUGAACCCCGCGAGCAUGGCGGCUGGGAUGACGCCCUCGGGGAUGAGCGGCCCUCCCAUGGGCAUGAACCAGCCCCGGCCGCCCGGCAUCAGCCCCUUUGGCACGCAUGGGCAGCGGAUGCCCCAGCAGACGUACCCGGGCCCCCGGCCCCAGUCCCUCCCCAUUCAGAGCAUAAAGAGGCCAUACCCGGGAGAGCCCAACUAUGGAAACCAGCAAUAUGGACCAAACAGCCAGUUCCCCACCCAGCCAGGCCAGUACCCCACCCCCAACCCCCCGAGGCCGCUCACCUCUCCCAACUACCCGGGGCAAAGGAUGCCAAGCCAGCCCAGCACGGGGCAGUACCCGCCCCCCACGGUCAACAUGGGGCAGUAUUACAAGCCAGAACAGUUUAAUGGACAAAAUAACACCUUCUCGGGAAGCAGCUACAGUAACUACAGCCAAGGGAAUGUCAAUAGGCCUCCCAGGCCGGUUCCUGUGGCAAAUUAUCCCCACUCACCUGUUCCAGGGAACCCCACGCCCCCCAUGACCCCCGGGAGCAGCAUCCCUCCCUAUUUGUCCCCCAGCCAAGACGUCAAACCACCCUUCCCACCUGACAUCAAGCCAAAUAUGAGUGCUCUGCCACCACCCCCAGCCAACCACAACGACGAGCUGCGGCUCACGUUCCCCGUGCGGGAUGGCGUGGUGCUGGAGCCCUUCCGCCUGGAGCACAACCUGGCUGUCAGCAACCACGUGUUUCACCUGCGUCCCACGGUCCACCAGACGCUGAUGUGGAGGUCUGACCUGGAGCUGCAGUUCAAGUGCUACCACCACGAGGACCGGCAGAUGAACACCAACUGGCCGGCCUCGGUGCAGGUCAGCGUCAACGCCACGCCCCUCACCAUCGAGCGCGGUGACAACAAGACGUCCCACAAGCCCCUGCACCUCAAGCACGUGUGCCAGCCGGGCCGCAACACCAUCCAGAUCACCGUCACGGCCUGCUGCUGCUCCCACCUCUUCGUGCUGCAGCUGGUGCACCGGCCCUCCGUCCGCUCCGUGCUGCAAGGCCUCCUCAAGAAGCGCCUCCUGCCCGCGGAGCACUGUAUCACGAAAAUCAAGCGGAAUUUCAGCAGUGUGGCUGCCUCGUCAGGCAACACGACCCUCAACGGGGAGGACGGCGUGGAGCAGACGGCCAUCAAGGUGUCUCUGAAGUGCCCCAUCACAUUCCGGCGCAUCCAGCUGCCUGCUCGAGGCCACGACUGCAAGCACGUCCAGUGCUUUGACCUGGAGUCGUACCUGCAGCUAAAUUGCGAGCGAGGGACCUGGAGGUGUCCUGUGUGCAAUAAAACUGCUCUGCUUGAGGGCCUGGAGGUGGAUCAGUACAUGUGGGGCAUCCUGAAUGCCAUCCAACACUCCGAGUUUGAAGAGGUCACCAUUGACCCCACAUGCAGCUGGCGGCCGGUGCCCAUCAAGUCAGACCUACACAUCAAGGAUGACCCUGACGGCAUCCCCUCCAAGCGCUUCAAGACCAUGAGUCCCAGCCAGAUGAUCAUGCCCAACGUCAUGGAGAUGAUUGCGGCCCUGGGCCCUGGCCCAUCCCCCUACCCGCUCCCGCCUCCACCCGGGGGUACCAACUCCAGCGACUACAGCAGCCAAGGCAACAACUACCAAGGCCAUGGCAACUUUGACUUCCCCCACGGGAACCCCGGAGGGACAUCCAUGAAUGACUUCAUGCACGGGCCCCCCCAGCUCUCCCACCCCCCGGACAUGCCCAACAACAUGGCCGCCCUCGAGAAGCCCCUCAGUCACCCCAUGCAGGAAACUAUGCCACACGCUGGCAGUUCUGACCAGCCCCAUCCCUCCAUACAAGGUUUGCACGUACCACACCCCAGCAGCCAGUCAGGGCCUCCAUUACAUCACAGUGGGGCUCCUCCUCCUCCUCCUCCUUCCCAGCCUCCCCGGCAGCCGCCACAGGCCGCUCCCAGCAGCCAUCCACACAGCGACCUGACCUUUAACCCCUCCUCAGCCUUAGAGGGUCAGGCCGGAGCGCAGGGAGCGUCCGACAUGCCGGAGCCUUCGCUGGAUCUCCUUCCAGAACUCACAAAUCCCGACGAGCUCCUCUCCUACCUGGACCCCCCCGACCUGCCAAGCAAUAGUAACGAUGACCUCCUGUCUCUCUUUGAGAACAACUGAAGGCCACCCCUCCGUCGGGGCCAUCCCUCUACUCUGCCUCCUGCCCCGUGUCCCCACACUCUUCCCCACCGGGAGCCUGCGCCCUCAGACCGCCCCUCGCCCGGAGCCAUAGGUGGGGGCGGGAGCCUCCCUGCUGCACCUCUGGGCACAGGGCGGGGAGGGCACGGGAAGGCUGGUGGGCCUGGAGCCUGUGCCCACCUGCACGCCCUGGGCUUGGGCCCACACCCAGCGCAGGCCCCGAAGACGUCGCUCCUGACGGGGACUGGCCCGGGAAGAGGGCGCGCCCUGAUGGCGGCUUCCAGGCCCUCCAUGCGUGUGGAUUUCAGGCGACCUUCCAGUGCCCCCAAGGUUCUUCCAUUUUCUAGACUGUAACCCUGCUUCCUGGCCCAGAGCCUCCUUCGAGUGACUGUGGGACCUGAGAGAAGUCCGCCCAGACCCAGGUGGGCCCCAAACCUUGGAGGAGCAGUGACAAUUGGCAGUAGUGAGACCGGCCUGCCCACCACCACCCACCACAAAAAAGCACAAACCUCUGGGAAAGAGAACGUCUCUCAGGGGCCAAGGGUCAUUGGCUUGACCCCUGACCUCUAAGCCAAGAUACCCUGUAAACACGCUGUCAAAAAGCAGAGAAAAAGGACAAGAUUCUGUGUUUGACAGAGGGUAUGCCAUUCCUGCUGGGGGCCUGGUGGAAAAGGGGCCGGGGCUUCCCAGA